CGUGGUGGUGACGCGAGUGGCUGGUUUGGGUUCAGACGUUUCGCCGCUCUUCGUGCAGUCCGCGCCCGCGAAGGGCUGAGAGAGAGAGAGAGAGAGAGGCAGGCAGGCAAGGGUGGCUUUGGAAAAAGAGGGGCCGGGGUAACUCGGCCGCUUGAUUUCCCCCACCCCCACCCCCACCCCAACUCGUAAAGCAGAAGCUCUGGGGGGUUUCAAGCAUCAGAAAAGCGGGGUGGAGGGGGAGGCGCCCCGCUUUUCUUGUUCUUCUUUUUCUCCCUGACCCCCUUUGCCCGAAGGGCUUUUGUGAUGAACUCGUGUGUCGAAUGCCUGGAAAUCGGCGUCUUGGAAACUUGCAGUAGCCCGCUUCGGCGAAGUCAGCAAAGGUCAAGUUCAGCAGCCGGGGGAGAAGCGAAGGGGGGUGGGGAAGCCCUUCCCUUCGCCCUCUCCCAUUUUUCUCCUCCACUCCUCUCCCCACCCCCCCAACAAGAAAGGAACUUCUUCUAGCUGUGGCUUUGCUAAUUCCCCUCCCCUCCAGAGUCUGCACUGCUUUGGUUUAAGUCCCCUCCAUCGGGAAAGAAGAGGUGCCCAGGUUUCACCCCCAUACACACCACUUCCCUGCUUUAUUUUGCUGGAUUUUUAUUUUUAUUUUUUUUUUUAGAAAAGACCUUUUUGGCUAAUCUUGGCCCAAGACCCCCGCCCUCCCCCCCCCCGUGCCCAAGACUCCCCCAAAGUGAGCUCCUUCUCUUCUUGAUUUUUUUUAAAUGGGAAUCGCAAAAAUAAAGCCGGACUACAGAAGGAGGAUGCCACAUGCAAAGUAAUGUGCAGAUCAGCUCUCAGAAUGUCUUCUGUGUCUGCUGCCUAUCUUCUAAACCAGUUGUGUUAGCCUUCCAGCUAAUUGACUAAUAGAAUUAAUAACAGUAAAAACAAAACACAACAAAAAGCAUUGUAGAGCCACAUGCCUUAUGAAGUCAAUGCUGGGUAUGAUUUUACAAAUAUGGUCCGGAAAAAGAAUCCCCCUCUAAGAAACGUUGUUAGAGAAGGAGAAACAGAGACCCUUCAGUCGCCAGGUACAGAAAGUGACAAUACUGAAAGAAAAGAACAAUUUUCUGCCGGUCAGAUGCAAGACAACACUGAGUUGGGUGAGGCUGUGGAGCAAAAUGAUGAGGACUUUUGCACGCAUGUCCCAGAGCCAUCUCCCAGCUCUAAAAAGGACUUGAAAAGCUCUACAACUAGUGAAAAGGCUGGCUUCAAUUAUGAAAGCCACAAUAAGGGAGGAAAUGUUCCAUCCUUCCCUCAUGAUGAGAUGACAGACAGAAAUAUGCCGGCCUUCUCAUCUCCAGCUGUUGGGGGAAUCUCUGAGUCCUUGAAGUCUCCUCUCAGAUCAGAUGCAGAUGACACCCAAGAUGUGGCCUGCAACCUGUCAGUAGAUCUGACGGAGAAAAGUGAAGAGACUCGCACGUCACCAAAAUCUAUGGAUGAAACAAUGCACGUGCAAAGUGGUCAAGCUGAGGGCCGGGGUUCAAGCCCAGCCUCGUUGGCCUCAAAAAACCCACAAGUGCCUUCAGAUGGGGACUUAAGGCCAAUCAAAUUGAAAGCAGAUUUGUCGGCAAAUGAGAACCCAGAUACGGCGCCUCUGUCUCCAGAGCUUCAGGACUUCAAAUGCAACAUCUGUGGCUACGGUUACUAUGGGAACGACCCCACAGAUCUUAUAAAACACUUCCGCAAGUACCACCUCGGGCUACACAACCGCACCAGGCAGGAUGCUGAGCUCGACACUAAAAUUUUGGCUCUCCACAAUAUGGUGCAGUUCAGCCAUUCCAAAGACUUCCAGAAAGUCAACUGUUCUGUGCUAUCAGGGGUUCUGCAGGACAUCAGUUCCCAAAGGCCCGUUUUGCUAAAUGGGACUUAUGAUGUGCAGGUAACCUUAGGUGGGACCUUUAUUGGCAUUGGACGCAAAACUCCAGAUUGCCAAGGGAACACCAAAUAUUUCCGCUGCAAGUUCUGCAAUUUCACCUACAUGGGCAAUUCUUCAACGGAGUUGGAACAACACUUCUUGCAGACCCAUCCGAACAAGAUCAAGGCCUCCCUUCCUGUCUCUGAAGGUAGCAAAGCCACAGACAGAAACUCGAACAAGUCCAGUCCUACUGUUCGAUCGGGUGAGAUGGGAGAUUUGGUGAAAUGGCAGGACAAGAUCACCAUCAGAUGUGGAGAUGACACUCCAGUUGGCUAUUCGGUGCCCAUCAAGCCUCUUGAAUCCUCAAGACAAAACGGUACGGAUGCCUCCAGUUACUACUGGUGCAAAUUCUGCAGCUUUAGUUGUGAAUCCUCCAGCUCUCUCAAACUGUUAGAACAUUACAGCAAGCACCAUGGGGGGAGCCAGGCAGGGGGCCCUCACCCAGAUCGGAAUGACAAGCUCUCGAGGGGGUCAGUCAUUAAUCACAAUGACAUAACCAAAAAUGCAGACGGAGAGUUAGCGACAAAGAGCGAGAAGGGCUCUAGCGUGGCCAAAAAGAAAGACUUUUCCAGCUCAGGAGUGGAGGACCACGUGGUGACAAGCUACAAUUGUCAGUUUUGUGAUUUUAGGUACUCAAAGAGCCAUGGCCCAAAUGUAAUAGUGGUGGGGCCUCUUCUUCGUCAUUAUCAGCAGCUACACAACAUUCAUAAAUGUACUAUUAAGCACUGUCAGUUUUGUCCCCGAGGCCUCUGUAGUCCAGAAAAGCACCUUGGAGAAAUUACUUAUCCUUUUGCUUGCAGGAAAAGUAAUUGUUCCCAUUGUGCUCUCUUGCUCUUGCACUUGUCCCCUGGGAUGCCAGGAGGCACCAGAGUCAAGCAUCAGUGUCACCAGUGCUCUUUCUCCACCCCUGAUGUAGACGUUCUCCUGCUUCACUAUGAAACCACACACGAAGCCCAGGUGUCUGAAGUCAAGCAAGAAGCAAAUGCCCUGCAAGGGGGGGAUGGACCACUGACUGUCAAAGAAAGCAAAGAACACUCGUGUACCAAAUGUGACUUUGUCACUCAGGUAGAGGAGGAGAUUUCUCGACACUACAGGAGAGUCCAUAAUUGUUAUAAAUGCCGUCAGUGCAGUUUUACAGCGCUUGAUACACAAUCCUUACUGGAACACUUCAACACUGUGCACUGUCAAGAAAUGGACAUCACCACAGCCAAUGGGGAAGAUAGCCAUGGGAUGGCGGCUGCUCUCAAGGAAGAAUCCAAAAUUGAUCUGAAGGUUUAUAACCUAAUCAGUUCAGAUCCAAAAAUGGGGGAGCCCAUCUUGGAGACUGUAGUGAAGAAGGAGAAGAUAGAGGAAAAAGAAGGAUCGAAGGAGAAAGGUUGGCCUGAUGGGUCUAGUGAAGAUCUUCGUGGUACAACUUGGAGAGGAGUGGACAUUUUGAGAGGAAGCCCAUCCUAUACCCAAACAAGCUUGGGCCUUCUGACCACGGUGUCUGUUGUUCAAGAGCAGCCAAAAGCUUUGAGGGAUAGUCCAAAUGUAGAAGCUGCUCAUCUCGCAAGGCCUGUUUAUAGCUUGCCUGUUGAGACCAAGGGAUUCCUGCAGGGCAUGCCCCAAGGAAGUGGAGAAAAAUCUGGACCACUUUCUCAGCCCUAUCCUGGAUCUGCUGAUAACAAGUCAAAGGAUGAGACUCAAUCCCUUUUACGGAGACGUAGAGGUUCGGGUGUUUUUUGUGCCAAUUGCCUGACCACAAAGACCUCACUCUGGCGAAAGAACGCAAAUGGAGGAUAUGUCUGCAAUGCGUGUGGUCUCUACCAGAAGCUUCAUUCGACUCCCAGGCCUUUAAACAUCAUUAAGCAGAACAACGGUGAGCAGAUCAUUAGGAGACGGACAAGAAAACGCCUUAACCCAGAGGCACUUCAGGCUGAGCAGCUAAACAAACAACAGAGAGGGAACAGCGAGGAACAAGUCAACGGCAGCCCAUUAGAUAGGAGGUCAGAGGAUCAUUUAACCGAAGGUCAUCAGCGAGAAAUCCAGCUUCCCAGCCUAAGUAAAUAUGAAGCCCAGGGUUCAUUGACUAAAAGCCAUUCCGCUCCUCAGUCAAUACUGGUCGGCCAAUCUCUGGAUAUUCAUAAAAGGAUGCAACCUUUGCACAUUCAGAUAAAAAGUCCUCAGGAAAGUUCUGGAGACCCAGGCAAUAGUUCCUCUAUAUCAGAAGGAAAAGGAAGCUCAGAGAGAGGCAGCCCAAUAGAGAAAUACAUGAGACCUGCUAAACACCUAAACUAUUCACCACCCGGAAGCCCUAUCGAGAAGUAUCAGUACCCACUUUUUGGACUUCCGUUUGUACACAAUGAGUUUCAAAGUGAAGCUGAUUGGCUGAGAUUCUGGAGUAAAUAUAAGCUGUCCGUUCCUGGGAAUCCACACUACUUGAGUCAUGUGCCUGGCCUACCAAAUCCUUGCCAAAACUAUGUGCCUUAUCCCACCUUUAAUCUGCCUCCUCAUUUUUCAGCUGUUGGAUCUGACAAUGACAUUCCUCUAGAUUUGGCGAUAAAACAUUCCAGACCUGGGGCGACUGCAAAUGGUGCCUCUAAGGAGAAAGCUAAGACAGCAUCAAAUGUAAAAAAUGAAGGUUCCUUGAAUGUAGUUAAAACCGAGAAAGUUGACCGAAGUACUCAAGAUGAUCUAUCAACCAAGUGUGUGCACUGUGGCAUUGUCUUUCUGGAUGAAGUGAUGUAUGCCUUGCAUAUGAGUUGCCAUGGUGACAGUGGACCUUUUCAAUGCAGCAUAUGCCAAUAUUUUUGCACGGACAAGUAUGACUUCACCACUCACAUCCAGAGGGGCCUACAUAAGAACAAUGCACAAGCGGAAACGAAUGGCAAACCGAAAGAGUAAAAUUAAAUAAAAAAAAUAAAUAAUAAUAAUAAAAAAAAAACCUUAGCACUUAGCACAAUUAAACAGAAAUAGGUUUUCCUUGAUGGGAAUUCAAUAGCUUGUAAUGUCUUAAGCACUUCAUAUAGCAAGCAUGCCUUAUCCAAUAUACAAUCUUUUCUUCUUCCCUCCUUUUGCUUCAUACAAGCAAACUAAAAGUUCUUAAGAAAGACAAUUAUAAAAAAAAAAAAAGGAUGGCAGCUGGAAUGGGGGGAGGGGUAAAGGAAUCAAUCACUCGGGACCCAUCCUGCAAAAAAAAAAAAUUAUAAAUAAGAAAGAAAAAAAAUCUAUACAAAAGACACUAUAUCAGGGAAGGUCUCUUUGCAAAACUUAACCAGGCAGAUAAUGCUUUUGUUCUUGUACGAGAAACAUAGCUGGCUAGAAUGCAAAGAUGUAUAAUGCUGAAGCAGGUGUACAGUACACAUAUGCACAUUGUAUAGUGAAAUGGACUUGUUAAAUAAACUGAUGCCCAGAAAUCUAGUAGUAUUUUUUUUUCCUCCAUUUGGGUUCACUUUGGCCUUAUUGCCACAGCAUCCUCCUGCCACAGCAUUUCUACAAUCUGGAAGGCAGUAGGGUUGUUGUUUUUUUGUUUGUUUGUUUGUUUGGUAUGGUUUUAUUCUGUUUUGUUUUCCAGUUGUCUCUGGUGCUAAGCCAGUGGGUAGCUGUUGUUGGAUCCCCUACGACAGAGCCCUUCAAUCUUUUUUGAGGUCUAGCGCAGCGGGAGCACUGCUUAUGCAAUAGGUCGAAGACCAGGAGCGUUCAUUUUCAGCCACAGCUGUUCCUUCCCUUUCACUCUGAAAUCAAGUAAAUAACAAAAUUCUCAGGAAAGAUGGAAGUAAAAUUAUGGGAGUCUCAGAACAUGAUCUUUUAUGCCAAGAAGACCUUCUUUCCAAGCUGCUUCUUAAGUUUUAAAGGUGGCGAGAAAGCCCUUCAUAAGAGAGAUUCACUGAAAUUCAGCUCACAAGUAGAUCUGGGGAUUGCAAACUACGUCUCAGGAGAUUGUGGAUGUGAGAUGCUUUUGGCCAAAAUAUAGGAAAAGUACUUUGUUUUCUGAUCUCUCUCUUAUACGAAAGCUACUUUAUGGACUUGACAUUCAUAGUAUUAAUGCUUGACUAACUGUUCUCUCAAUUUUGCUUCAGGUAGAGUGUGGGACUGACUUUUCCCAGAAGUCCUUAGAUUGUUUAUAUGCAGUGGUCAAUUGCUUCAUCAGAUUUAACUCCGGCUUUUGGUAGUGUUUGCCUUCAUGGCCAAUCUUAUUUUUAAUAUUUUUGAGAGCAAGAUAAUAAUGACGAUAAUAAUAAUAAUAAUAAUAAUAAACCUUUUGUAAAAUUAUUCCAUGAAGGGAAAGCUCCUCAGCAUAACUGCUCAGGGAAAUAGGGCUAAAUAACUAUUCAGUCAUUGGUUCAAGGUGCUGUUAGACAAACCUUCACAAAUGUUGCAAGAAUCUAAUAAAGGGUGGACUUCAAUUCAAUUUCAUUAUCUUGGCCCAGGCAGUCCUCGUUGUUGUUGUUGUUAUUCUUAUUUUCUUAAAGGGAUAUUACAAGAGAUAUUACAAGCUACUGGAUGUACUGUCAGAUUAACUUAUUUCAUUUAAGAAGUUGGGAGAACAAAUAGGAAAAAAAACUUAUUUUUCUAGUAAAUAUUAAUGUAUUACAUUUCAAAUAAUGGUGCCUGACAUAUUGAAUAAUUAUUUUCUACAGUGUACGUAUGCAACAAAGAUAUUCCAUCAUGCAUAAGAUUCAGCGCUGGCUCAGCCUCGCUCUGUUUACAUUUGCAAAUGUAGCAAACAAGGUAAUGAAGCAACUUUCUAUUGCAGUAGGUAUCUUUGAUUUGUGCGCGUGUGUGUGUGCAUUAAAAUUGUAAACGGUAACAUGAAAUGAAUGGACUUUGUUGAUAAUAAUGAUAUUUGGGGGGGAGAAGAAGACGAAGACGAGACGGCGAAGACGAAGAAGGAAAUGAAAAUAUUUUUAUGCCUACUUAGGAGGAAGAAAAAGAGUAGCACUAUUCAUUCCAAGUACUUUUUGUAUUCUUAAGAUCUUAACUCACAUUGUUAUGCUUAAAAUGAUAAACAUAUAUCCUCUUUUUAUUGCUUUGUCUAUGUUUCAGCUGAAACAUUUCAGAGAUUAUGUCAAGAGGUGCCAUCUGACUGCUUGGCACACAAGUUUUUAAUUGCAUUCUGUACUAGCAUUGCACUCCAUUUUUACCAUAUUACACCGUCGCUACAUGUUUUCUUGUUUUGUUGCGCUGGGGCUUUAUUUUUUAUUUUUAUUUUUUUUUGCAUUGCACGGUCUUAGUCUCUUACGGUUGUGGAGUAUAACUGGUUCCUAAAUGUCACUGAGAAUGAAGAUUAAAAUGUCUGAUAUUCCAUUCUUCUUUUCCAUCUCUCUCUUUAUUUUUAUUUUUUUGAAAAUUUUCUAGGGAUUUCCAGGCUCGAUCUUCAAAAUAGGAACUUAUGUGGAAGGUCCUUCUUCUGAGCCCACCUACAGGCUAUUAUUCCCAAUUAAAACUACCCUUAAAAUGAUUUAGACCCAUCUAGGGUCUAAACCUAAAUCUAAAUCUAAAAAUUUAGACCCAUCUAAUCUAGGAAAUGAGCAUUUAAAUUUAUAUGGCAAGAUAAAAUGGAGAGAAGUCACCCCAGUUUAGAGUUACAAGACCAGAAUCUUAAGAAGAAUUAAAACUAGCAUUUAUUUGCUAGGGGCUCAAUUUGUAGAAAGUAAAUGGGGCCUUGUUUAACUCUUAUCUCAAUUUAACUUCCCAUUAAACCUCCUAAAUGCAACAGCUAAGGGUGUAGUUUUAAAUGUACGCACUAAGGAAUAAAAGCUUCAUUGAACACAGUGACAUAAAUUCCUGCAUAGGAUUGUACUGUGUGUCACCAUUAUAAAGGGUAAAUUACUGGGAUCCAUCUGGUUCCUUCUGAAAUUCAAUCAGCUUUUGGAAAACAAAAAUAGGGCAUUCACAUCAUACCACUACCAAUUGGUACUAUCCUUAGUUUGCAAAACAUAAAUGCAAUUUGACCUGCCAUGAAUUGCAAACCCCAUGAUGAUAGCGAUUACUCAUAACUAUGCCUCUAAAAUUUAUAUUGAAAGCAAACAGCAGGAAACCUCAAUCUGCCUGAGUGACAGUCCUAUAGCUGGUCUCCAAAGAUCUGGCUGACCUUGGCAGUUUUUUAGAGCCUACAUAGGAAACCUGUGAUGAAAGUAAUUCAUCCACUUAAUUAAAGUGAGUCUAUUAUUUGAUACCAAGACUAAGGAUCUUCUCUUGUACCCUUUCUUCAACUUAUUGAACUUAUAUUGCUCUGAACCAAGCCAUUAUGUCCUGUCAAUUACGUAUAACAAUCUUUCAGAUGCUAAAUUUGUUAUACUAUUUUAGUAUCUAUCUGGGAUUAUAAUCCCACUAAUAAUUGUGGGAUUAUUAAACCACAAGACAGAUAGUGGGUUGCAUCUCAAGGAAGAAUAAUGUUGCUUAUAUUUACAGUCAAGAAAGAAUGGCAUUCCACAUUCUUUCUGAAAAUCAUCUACUUUAGGACCUUGAAGUAUGUAUCAUUUUUCUUCUCCAAUACUUAUAGCAGUGGCAGGAUUUGAAAUACACUUUUUUUUUUUUUUACAAUUUGCUCUUGUUUCAUUAACAAUCGAAAUUAUAUUAGGUGGUGAACCCAAAAUUAAAAUGCCCCAAAUUAAUCUGAAUCACAAUUUCACUUUUUUUUUU